CUAAGGACCAAGACAGCGGACACCCCUAACACAAACACGCCUCUUUCUUCUUCCCACUCGGCUGUUCCGCUGUCGGCAACUCGGCAUUCCUCUUUCCCCAAAUCAAAAGCAAACCCUAGCCGCCGCUACCACUGUUUUCACCACUCACCAGUUGGCCACUUCUGCCACCACCACUGCCGUCCUUCAAUUGAAGAGCCCUUUCUCUCCGAGUCCCAGUUUGUUGGCCAACGUUAGACUCAGCUACGGUAGACAUUUCAUCAGCUCCAUUGGUGGAGGGCCUCGCGAACAGAAGUUAUUUUCCUCUUCUUUUCACGGCUCCAGCAAGGGUUUUCGAUCUCAUCAGCGACAUCUCAUCAGGAAAAUAACUUUCAUUCCCGGCAUCUCUCUCUUUGGCAUCUCAUCAGUCUGCUUUUUGUUUGUGAGCUGUGCCCGCCAUUGUGGAUGCGUUUGCUUAUGCAGCCUCAGAAGCUUGUUUGACGGCCUAAGCACAAUCUCAUUCCCGUUCCUACAGUAGCAUUUCCAACAAGGGUGAAAACUCCUUAAGUAUUUCCAGAGGUAUGAUGGUCUCUUAUUAGCCUUUUUUUCCUCCCUUUUCCUUUGAAAAAUUGUCUAGAAUACUGGUGUAGAUUCUUGAAGUUGGAUUUGAAUGAAUUUUUGUGAGUUGCUUUUGUUUUAGUUUGUUCUUACCUGAUUAGGGUUAAAUCUGAUUUGAUUGAUGCUAAUGAAUUAAUUUGGCUGCUGAGUUUUGGGGGUUUUAUGAUUCUUGGAAUCAGAAUCCGGGUAGGGUAGGGUAGGGUAGUGUUUUUCUUACAGUCUGGCGAGACCAUUUGUAAAUAGUUGACAAAAUCUGAUUAGGAAGGAAAACAGUUUGCUUGUGUUCAUCCCAGAGAGCAAAGAAUCUCCCAGCGUUGCAGUUAACAAGCUAUAAUGAUAUUCUUGUUUUUCGUGAAUCAUAACAGAUCCUAUAAUGUCUGACUAUAUUCGUCCUACUUAAAAUUCUAUAUUUGAAGAAUGAGUUCAGUUCUAUUGAAAUGUGUCAUCACAAGUAGAACCAGCUCAAGCCAAUAGGGCUAAGCCUGCGCCCCAAGCUCCAACAUCAGCGCAUAAUUGAUUUUUUUUGCUGUCUUUCCUGUAAACUGAAGUGGACCUGUAUAGAUGUUUAAUCAGAAAGAAAAGCCACAGAUCACUUCGGGACUUAGUAUUUGCAUGUUCAUGCAGAUUUCGUGCAACAUUUGUACAGACAGUUGCACUCUCCUAUUUUAAUAUCAGAUUUCAGCAGCAAGAUUGUUUUACCAAUCCUGUCCACUUUUUAACGUGAUUCAUUGGAAGGGGUUCUCUGGGAAAAAGUAAUGAAGUAGCUAACAAAAGUUUUAGGAGACUACACAAUCAUAUUGUUUCUUUUCCUCUGUCUCGGGUGCUGAAACAGCUGAACUAUGAACACAAGCUAACUUUCUUUUCCUAUGUCCUUUAUAUACUCUUAUUCUUCUUGGGCCCGCCCACAUUUAAGGAGAACAUUAACUGCUAUUGGUAUAACCUGCAUCACUCUGCAUUUGAGACCCCUGCAUCACUCUGGCUUUUUCUGGUACACUACUAAUAAUCUACUGCUACGUGAAUUAAAUGUUUAUUACCCAAACAAGUAAUCUUAUUGGCAUCAUGGUUUUGGGCGGCAGUUGGAUUUCUGUUGCGAAUUUCUGUUCAAGUAAUCGUACUCCUUACACAUUCGCUAAGGUAUUCCAUUGGUAAGUACAUCUUUAAAUCCUAAUUAACAAUUAUAUGCAUGCAAUCAAUUAAUAAUUAUAUUAAAUUUUCAUAGAUGGAUCCCGAUAGUGAUGAUGAUGAGGAUGCUAUUGUAAUUGGUGCCGCCACUUCAGUCCUAGCAGCAAGAUAUGCAGCUCUUGAAGUCUAUAAAACUCCAGUUGUUAUACCUAAACCACCUCAUGUUAAUAGGGAGUGAGCUAGAGAGGAUUACAUGGAUAACAUAUUAUAUGGAAGUAGUUCCUAUUGUAUAGACCAAAUUAGAAUGGACCAAACUACAUUUUUUCAAUUAUUAAAUGCUCUCACCAUAAAAUUCACUAUAAUUCUAUGCUAACAUGAAAAGUUUUUCUUGGAGUAUAAAAAUUUUAUCUUGUGUUAGUUAAAGUUUGGGAGCGAGGAGGCUGAAGCCAAUAUCUUCAUUGUUGCACGGUAUAAUUUCAGGAACCUCCUUGAGUUUUUUAAACAAUUGCAGUCACCUCAGGAUCGGACGCACGGAUAAGUGUAAUUUUUCAAACUUUAAAGGUGGUGGUUGUAAUUAUAAAAAAUCUCAGGGGGGUUUAUGAAAUUAUCCCGCACUAUUUUGUGUCGAAAUCUGUUCACAAAGAAAACAAGUAGUAGACUAGUAGUAGUUAUUUGGCCCGAAUACCAUGACCUGGGCUAAACUGUCUCGAACCCAUCUUGUCCCAGCCCAGACUGUAAGUCAUAAGACUCAUGCGGCCUCUACCUGAGUUUCUCCUUUUAUUCCGUCCCUCAAUCAUUCCUCCCUCUUCUUCCCUGCUGCUGCCACUCUCUGGCACUGCUUUCUAUUCUAUUUCGUUGGUCCAAACAAUCAAAACCCCACCAACUAGCUAAGUUGAUUUGGGUAAUUAUCUGAUUCUUUUUCUUUUUUGUUUCAGGUAUUAUCAGACUAUUUACUAGUUUGAAUCUUACUGUUACUGUUCUUGAUAUUGUGGCUGCGAUUCCUCAUUAAGUGUUUAAAACAUAUUUUGAUACUUUUAUUGAGUUUCCAAAUUUGAGUAGCGAUGGGUAAGAAGAAGAAUUCAUCCACAGCAGCAGCAGCGGCAAUAUCUUCACAGCCACACUUGCAGCAGGCUCCUUCAGGAACAAUGAGAGAAGAAUCUAGCGGAAAGAAACAGAGCAGCGUAAAUCCCAAGUCCAUGUUGAAAUUGGACCACCUUAAAAACCUCGCUAUCUGGGCUACUGCCGAAGCUUCCGUAUGUUCACUAGGUGCUUUUUUUGGCCACCGCUUGGCUGCCACUGCUGAAGCCUUGGGUGUUCCUCCUGACCCUUCAUUGUUCUCCUGCCAGAGGUGUGAAUCUAUUCUUCAACCUGGCUAUAAUUGUACGGUUCGGAUUGAGAAGAUAAAACCAAAUCCAAAGCGAAGGCGCAAGAAACGUAGUCUUUCGAUUGAAAACAGUGUGGUUUACAGCUGCCACUUUUGUUCGCAUAGAAACUUGAAGAGAGGAACCCCGAAAGGCUACAUGAAAGAGUUGUGUCCAUCGAAGCCCAAAGUCUCUUCAAAAUCAGAUCCUACCAAAUCAAGUCAUCCAAAGUUUGCCAAAGCAAAGGUCAUUACAGCAAGCAAAAAUGAUCCCAUGUCCAAGGUGGAUGGAAUUGCUUCACAAAAAAUAAUUAACAAGGAUCCUGCGAAUGACAGUUCUACAACUCCCUCGGCUAAAGUUGAGACUUUGUUGGAUACAAGAAAGAGGAAAAGGACUAGAUCAGGAUCCAAGAAAAUUGUUGAAUCAGAAAGCAGUUCUGUUCCUGUUGAUGCAAAGAAAGCUUCCAUACCAUCAAGCAAGCGGAAGAGAAAAUCUUGGACUAGUUUAAAGGACAUUGCUGAGUGUAGUGACCAGGAUAGUAGCCGUAACUUCACUAACUUAGCAAUCCCAUUUCGUAUAUAAAAAUGUAAAUUGGUAUGGAGAUGAGAGUAGUAAAAGACAUCCAAUGUGUGGACCCGUAUGGCUGUAUGCAUAGCUUAAGUAUUCAAUGUGACCGAUAGAAAGCAUCUGAAUUAAAAAUUCAUGGUUGGAAACAUGCACUAUUGUCCUUUUUGUCAUUUCA